AAUAUUUCUAGCUUGUUUUUCUUCCGCUUCUUCUCCAUUUUAUUUAUUUAUUUAUAUAUAUCUCCGUUCUUUGUCUUUGCUCGUCAAUGGCGGUGGCUAAAACGACGACGAUGAUUCUUAGACGCAGGACUCGAGCUCCUAGGCGCUACUCCGAAGACGAGGAUGGCUUGGGUUGCGACGAUGUUUACUGCGAGAGAUGUGGGUCGGGUGAUUUUGGAUCCAAGCUUUUGUUGUGCGACAAGUGCGAUAAGGGAUAUCAUCUGUUUUGCCUUAGACCCAUUCUAGUUUCGGUGCCUAAAGGAUCCUGGUUUUGUCCCUCCUGCACCAACAUCAAGCAGCCCCAAUUGUUUCCGCUAGUUCAGACCAAAAUUGUUGAUUUCUUUCGGAUUCGAAGGUCAUCCGAGUCCAUGGAAAACCAAAGCAACAUUAAAAAGAGAAAGAGAGCUUGUAGCUUAGCGGUGUCCAAGAGGAAAAGGAAGUUGUUGGCGUAUAAUCCAACAGAAGACCCACAAAGGAGAUUGGAACAAAUGGCUUCAUUGGCAACCGCACUGAAAGCCUCUGGGACUGAGUACAGUGAUGGGCUCACUUACCGGCCUGGCAUGGCACUAAGGUCGGCUAAUUGUGCAGCUCUUGAGAAGGGAGGAAUGCAGAUUCUACCCAAAGAGGAUAUAGAGACAUUAAACUUAUGCAAAAAGAUGAUGGAAAAAGGAGAAUGCCCUCCUCUCAUGGUCGUCUUUGAUCCUGUGGAAGGGUUCACUGUACAGGCUGAUAGAUAUAUAAAGGAUUUAACUAUAAUCACAGAAUAUGUUGGAGAUGUUGAUUACUUGAAGAACCGUGAAAAUGAUGAUGGAGAUAGCAUGAUGACCCUUCUUCAUGCAUCAAAUCCUUCAAAAAGCCUUGUUAUUUGCCCUGACAAGCGUAGUAACAUUGCCCGCUUUGUCAAUGGCAUCAACAACUUCUCACCGGAUGGGAGAAAGAAGCAAAAUGUAAAAUGCGUGAGGUACAAUGUGAAUGGGGAGUGUCGAGUGUUGCUGAUUGCUAACAGAGAUAUAAGAAAGGGAGAAAGGUUGUACUAUGAUUACAAUGGAUAUGAACAUGAAUACCCCACUGAACAUUUUGUUUAGCUUUUUGAUUCUGCUUGAUUAUAGAUUUCCAUACUAAGAUUAGGUUGGAACUGAUGGUAUUACUUCAAACUUGGCAAGAUAAUUGUAUACACAUGAUUGUCCGUUUUUGUUCACUAAUUUAAGCCUUUUCUUUGAGGGUUAAACAUUUUCUGUAUCAGGAAAAAAGUUCAUAUUGCAUCCAUCAUAAUGUUUACUCUCCACCCUAUUGAAAUGUCCAUUCUGUUUCAGAACAACAUUUUUUGUUUGGGUUUAACAAGCCUUACGAACCAUUGUGUUUAACGAACGGGCCUCAGGACCACCCUUAUUUUGAUUCAGAAACAAAUCUAGCUAGGAUGGUCCAUAAUUAAAAGGCAUAAGCAUUGCAUUGACAGUGCGUUUGUGUACCGUCAGAUUAGUGGUCCACUCCAAUCUUUCACACUUUUUGGUUAGUCAAUGUGCAGCUGAUGCCAUGGGAUCUGAAUCAGAUGCAACCCCCCCACCACAUUGGAUUGUGGUUCUGGAAUAAAAUUUUUUUAUGUACUUUGGUUUGGGUGUUUCAAGGUCCAGGCCAGGCCUUGUCCAGCAAUAACAGAAGCCGCAGCGGAUCUACUGAAGAAUAAUGUAUACCAAAUUUUUAGAUGUUGUAUUUCAGAAGUGUGUUCGAAUUAAGUGAACUUUAUUAUUACUUGUAAGGCUUGACGAUGAUUGAUUCCUUACAUUGUUGUCUUGCUAAUGCCCAUGUCUUACCCUGUUCUAAAGUAUAAGUUUUGCUGCAAUUACCAUUUACCAAACCAUUGGUUUAAUGGAGAAAGACUUCUAUUGAUUUGAAAUUUUAGUGGUUCUAAUGCCAUUUUCUUACUCA